UUUGGGAGGCGGUAUGAUAAAAUCCCUUUUACUCGAAGUAGGACACGGUGAUUUAAAAUGCCGUGGGUUGCCAAGAGGGUGGACCCAUCGUCGACUGAGUCGACUGGUCUAGAGUAUUGUGGACCUUGACAAGUGCAAGAUCCGUCUACUUUUCGGCGUCAGAAGGUAAACGGCACGUGGAGAAAGGGUGCUAAUGAAUUUAUGGAAUAGUCGGCAUCUAGCUGGUGUUGGCUUACGCAUCAAUCGAAUAGCCCCUAUUGGAAAUAUCGCUAAGAGUGUGGGUGUUUAUGGAAUACUGAUUCCCUUACCUUCACACCUACUUAGAGGUGAGAAGUUCGGUCUAUUCUAGCCGAGGAAGUGAAAGUUAGGUGACGAUGAGCCGAACAUGGAAAUUGGCCGAAGUGAGCGAGCAUAAGACACAAGAUAGUUGUUGGAUGGUCUUACACGGAAAAGUAUACGAUAUAACUUCAUUCGUACCAAAACAUCCGGGAGGACGAAGUAUUCUCUUGAAGAAUGCGGGGCAGGAUGCUUCAAAGGCGUUUGAUUCGGUCCAUCCGGUUGAGAUACUGGAGGAAUACCUAACUCCCGACCAAAUCUUAGGCAAUGUUGAGUCGGGUGGCGAUGAUGAGGUCAAAAAGACAACAGAAAAUACCGAUGGCCUGCGGUUAGCAUCGGCUGCAGUGCCUCCUCUAGAAUCAAUUCUCAGCAUCGCGGAAAUCGAAUCGUAUGCGAUGAAAACACUAUCACCGAAGGCAAUCUCAUACUACGUCUCAGCCUCUGACGACCAAAUCACAAAAGCCGCAAACGGGCUAAUAUACCGGUCAAUCCUCCUGCGACCGCGCGUUUUCAUAGACUGCACAGAAUGCACCCUCGAAACCUCAAUCCUCGGUAACAAGGUCGGUCUACCGAUCUACGUCUCCCCAGCAGCAAUGGCACGCCUAGCGCAUCCCGCAGGUGAAGCCGGAAUAGCAAGCGCGUGUUCAAAAUUCAACGCGCUCCAAAUCAUAAGCAAAAACGCGUCUAUGUCGCCUUCUUCUAUCGUACCCGCCGGUGCAAACGCAGUUUUCGCGUGGCAGUUAUACGUGCUCAAAGACAUCGCCGCGACCGAACGAACGCUCGCGCAAAUUCGGAAAAUUCCGCAGAUCAAAUUUAUUGUGUUGACGCUCGAUGCACCGUUUCCCGGUAAGCGUGAAGCAGAUGAACGUUUCAAAAUGGCGGAGGUGGCGGGCGGUGCACCGCCGGGAGUCUGGGGUACGGAGUCUGCAUUGGCGUGGAAGAAGACGUUGGAGUGGUUGGGCAGGCAUACGAGUUUACCGAUUGUGCUUAAGGGCGUGCAGACUCAUGAGGAUGCGUAUGCUGCGACGUUGUUUCCGGCUGUGAAGGGGAUUAUUCUUUCGAAUCAUGGAGGAAGGGCGCUUGAUACUGCACCUCCGCCAAUUCAAGUUUUAUUGGAGAUUCGGAAGUUUUGCCCGGAAGUACUUGGUAAAGUUGAAGUACUUGUUGACGGUGGUAUUAAGCGUGGAACGGAUGUUGUGAAGGCCUUGGCUUUGGGUGCUAAAGGCGUUGGUAUUGGCCGACCUGCUCUUUAUGGGCUGUCGGUUGGAGGAGAGCAAGGUGUCGAGAGGGUUCUUAAGAUCCUAGCUGAUGAGACGAUGACAGCGAUGAGGUUGUUGGGUGUAAAGAAUGUAUCGGAACUUGGCCCUCGACAUAUUAAUACGAGUGCAUUAGCGUCGAGUUUGUUUGAUGGUCCUUCAGGCCUUGAGGAAGUCGAAAGGGAACUGCGGUCUAAAUUAUAGUGAAACUCUACUAAGAGGUGCGACGGUAACGAUUAGCAGGAUGUGAUAUUAAGAAGAGGAUUAACCGAAACCCAAAUUUUUAAUUAAUUGACCCGAAUAGCGGAUAGUUGCCGCAAUUGAAUAUAAUGACCAUACACCUCGCCGAUAAAUCCAAAAACCAAAACUUUUUAUUGUGUUGAAAACAAUGCCCCUUGGAAAUCAUCAUCCAUUAAAAAUGAGCCCCAGUCCAGUUCUGUACCGAAUGUGAGUUGUUCAUCAUACCAGCCAAAGAAAUUCGAGUCCCCAUCUUGUGAAGGGGUGCGUCCGGCGCCUUCGGCAUCACCAGUUAUGGCUUCGUAAAUCGCGGC